CUGCGGCAGCGCGUGGUGCGCGUGCGCCGGGGGCGAGCGCGCUCUGCGGCGCGGUCCGCAUCGGAGGCGGCGCGAGCGGCAAGUGGGUGGCGGAUGGCUUUGCUGGGCCCGGCGGGCUUAGGGCCCGGCUCCUGCGGGCCGUUGGAUGAGGCUGUGGUGGCGGCCGAGGGGCGCGAGGCGUCGGCCCUGGUGGCGGCGGGAGCUGCCCUCGAGGACGAUGAAGAGGACGACGGCCGCGGCCGGGGCCUGCUGCGCUGGGACAGUUUCUCGGCCUGGUUGCACUGCGUGUGUGUGGUGGGCUUCGAUCUGGAGCUGGGCCAGGCGGUGGAGGUAAUUUAUCCUCAACAUUCCAAACUUACUGAUAAAGAAAAAACCAACAUUUGCUAUCUAUCUUUUCCAGAUUCAAAUUCAGGUUGUCUUGGAGAUACCCAGUUUUGUUUUAGAUUUCGACAGUCUUCUGGAAGGAGAGUGUCCCUGCACUGUCUUCUCGAUCAAUUUGACAAAGACUUACCAGUUUACUUAAAGAAAGAUCCUGCUUAUUUUUAUGGCUAUGUGUAUUUUCGGCAAGUUCGAGAUAAAACUCUUAAAAGAGGCUACUUUCAGAAGUCAUUGGUUUUGAUCAGCAAACUACCUUACAUUCACUUUUUUCACACCGUGCUCAAACAGAUAGCGCCAGAGUAUUUCGAAAAGAAUGAGCCUUAUUUGGAGGCAGCUUGUAAUGAUGUUGAUCGAUGGCCUGCACCAGUGCCAGGAAAAACAUUACAUCUGCCUAUUAUGGGUGUAGUAAUGAAGGUACGGAUUCCCACAUGCCACGACAAACCUGGAACAACUCAGAUAGUACAGUUAACUCAGCAGUCAGACACAAACAUAUCUGUUAUUUUACCUACUGUUCAUGAGGUGGAUCUUUUCAGGUGUUUCUGCCCAGUUUUCCUUCAUAGUCAGAUGCUUUGGGAACUAGUGCUGUUGGGGGAGCCCCUCGUGGUCAUGGCGCCAUCCCCAUCGGAGUCCUCAGAGACUGUACUGGCUCUUGUUAACUCUAUCUCUCCAUUAAAAUACUUCAGUGAUUUCCGGCCUUAUUUUACGAUUCAUGAUAGUGAAUUCAAAGAGUAUACUACCCGUACACAAGCUCCGCCCUCGGUCAUAUUAGGAGUAACCAAUCCAUUUUUUGCUAAAACACUCCAGCACUGGCCACACAUUAUUCGAAUAGGAGACCUUAAACCUGCAGGUGAAAUUCCUAAGCAAGUUAAAGUGAAAAAGUUGAAGAAUCUAAAGACUCUGGAUUCUAAACCUGGAGUUUAUACUUCUUACAAGCCAUAUCUAAAUCGAGAUGAAGAGAUCAUAAAACAGUUACAGAAGGGUGUACAACAGAAACGUCCUUCUGAGGCACAAAGUGUUAUUCUCCGGCGCUAUUUUUUGGAACUGACACAAAGCUUCAUCAUUCCAUUAGAAAGGUAUGUGGCAAGCUUGAUGCCUCUACAGAAGAGUAUUUCUCCAUGGAAGAGCCCACCCCAAUUAAGACAGUUCCUUCCAGAAGAAUUUAUGAAAACACUUGAGAAAACAGGACCUCAACUAACUUCUAGAAUAAAAGGAGAUUGGAUUGGACUUUACCGGCAUUUUCUAAAGUCUCCAAAUUUUGAUGGCUGGUUCAAGUCCCGGAGGAAAGAAAUGACCCAAAAAUUGGAAGCACUCCAUCUAGAAGCUCUUUGUGAAGAGGACCUACUUCUCUGGAUCCAGAAACACACAGAAGUAGAAACAGUAGACCUUGUAUUGAAGCUGAAAAAUAAGCUGUUGCAGGCUGACCGAGAACAUUUACCUGUGAAACCUGAUACUGUGGAAAAGUUACGGACACACAUCGAUGCAAUUAUCUUAGCUUUGCCAGAGGACCUGCAAGGCAUACUGCUCAAAACUGGCAUGACAUGAUAGUUACCAGAAUUUUCCAGCCAAAAAGGAGUGUGCACCAGGAACUACACACACAAGGGAGAUUUCUUGGUGGCAGCAGAGUGGAAAACAUCCGUGAAUGCUCAACAUAGGGUGGAAAGACUGUGUUGUAUAAACAGACAUUUUUAGUGCAUUAUUUUUAAAUAUGGAUAUCUGUGGUGGUUCUGCUUUAAUACUGAAACACCGAAAGGCAUUUCUAUAUUUUUAAUCAUGUUCUAAAGUGCUCUUAUGAGAGAACUGUGGGGCCAUCAGUAUAAGUGAUUCCAAACUGCAGUGCUGGCAUUGCAGGUAUUUUUUUUAAACUGGUGCUGCUUUGCCCAAUCAUGUUGAAACUCAGGGGGAUAUAAAAAUAACAUUCACACUGGCUAUCUUCUUAAGAAGGAAAAGACUGAACUGUCCAACUAUAGUUAGAAAUAAUUGAUGCUCGUGUAGUGCCUUCUGUUGUCCUACAUAUUUCAUAAAGGCCAGCUGCUAGUCUUGAAGCUUUUUUCUUAGUUUAUGAUUUUUAAUUUUCUAAGGCAUUUGAUUCAGUAAUCAUUGCUUUAAAAUAUUUUCUUUGCCCCCCCCCCAUUGUGUUUAUUAGUUGGCAUGGUAGGUUUUAAAAAAAUUGUCAUCUUAAGUUUUCAUUUAUUUUUUUUAACCAUUUUCAAAAUUUGGCCUUACCAGCUUCUCCAAAGGCAAGAAGGCAUCAAGUAUUAAUUAUAGUAAAGUUCAUUUUCUUUUACUCUUUACUAAUUGGUCCUGUGUAAAUUACUUAAGCAGUUUUUUUAAAAGACAUCCUAAUUAUGAACUUCAUAAUUAACUACUUCUUAAAACCAGAAUAAUUCUUCAAAGGCAUCCAUAAACUUUUUAAGUGAUAGUUAUUUGAGUGGUUUUAUAAGAUUAAUAUACAGCAUUAUCUGUUAGGUAGUAUAAUUUGACCUAAAUAAAUGUUUCUCAGAACACUUUCCCUAAUGUUUGACGUGGAAACUUUGACCUGAAUCACUGUUAGAGUUUUUUUUUUAAUAUAAUUGUUGCCAUUUAUUUUUGUUUUGUUUAUACUGCCUUGCCAAAAAUAGAAGAAUGUUACUUGGUAUAGAAAGAGUGUUGGGCUUGUGUUUGAAUGGGAGUGUCCUACAGCAGCCACUAUUUAAAGUAGGCACAUACAGUGUAGCACAUAUGUAAAUAGUUGUGUCUUAAACACCCUUGAAACAGCCAAUUUUAGUUCUAUCUAUUUAUAAAAGGAAUAGCUUCAGAAACUUGUUCUCUGUUGGUCUAAGUCUUUAAGGGCACUCAACCCCAAGCUAGGUUCCUUGUGUUUAUACCUGUGGUCUAAUACCCAGUUGGGCCCUUUUCUCUGGAUACUGUCUCUUGCAACAUACCUCUAAGUCAUAGAAAGAAUGUGGCUUUUGGAUGAGAUCAAUUUGCCUUGGAUCAUAUGGGUUAUUUUGUGAAACAACAGUUGUCCUUUCAGAAGAGGGGCAACUUCUUUUAUAUGCUCAAGUAUUUCAUAACUUCCUGGGAAACUUUAUUUAGGUAUAAAUGGUCAUCUUAUUAUUUUUCAAAAAGGUGUAUUUUAAUAAUCUCACAGUUUAUAUACAGUCUGUGACCUGAAUUUAAAAGUUGUUAGUGUCAUAUCAAGGAUCUUUUAAAUUAUACCACUAUAGCAUGUAUCAUUUCAAGAAUAUUUUGCACAGCUAAGGAGUAGCAAAAGAUGCCAAUUAGCAUGUUAUCAUGCUAAUAUUUACCUUGUUUAACUGAAACUUAACACAUGUUGAAAACUGUACCAUACUCAAUUUAACUCUUAAUUACAAAUUAUGUACUUGUAAGAAAAACUGAGAAAGACUGACUGGUAACUUAAUUUUUUUGUAUGAUUUUCAGAAUUUUUUUUAAUUGAGAAGAAUUCGUUAAUAUCCAAACCCUGCCAUUUAAUGUGUUAUCUCCACCAGCAACAAAAGGAAUCACUGCUUUAGGGUGUUAUGGAAUGCCUAGUGCCUUCUGUUUACAAUGGAAAAGAAAUUUUAGGGGAGGCAUUUAUGGUCAUUACCAAAAAAAAUAUGAAUUAAAGGCCUUGGAUUUUAAA